CACACUGAUUUGUGUUUUUUUGUGAGCAGGUGUGAGCACACCGUUGCCAAUUGCUCGAACGUCGAAAUAAGCAUGAAAAAAUUCCAAUAGCCGAAUGGCAAUCGCCACUUGAUAAUAUAUAAUAUAUGUGUUAAUGCAAAAAUACGAGGCGCACGCUACGCCCACGCGUUCAAGUUCAGUGCAGAGGCGACAACUACAGCAAGAAAUGAGCCAACAGGCAGCUACAAAAGCACAAGUGAUAAGAGAAAUAAUAUAAUAAAGUCGACGUGAAAAGAAAUCUUGCCAGCAGCAGCAGCAGUAGCCGCGGUCGACGCAAAAGCAGCGACAAAUGAAAAUAAAGUAAAACAAAAUAAAAGAUAGAUAGAAAUCGUAAAGUGUAAGCGGGAAGCCAGGCAUAUGAAAAGAAACGAAACGAAACGGAGUGGCUAGGCGGAGAUUAAAUAAAUUUACAAGCGAUAAAGUGCACCGAAAUGUGAAAAGUAAUUUUGUGGCAAAAGUAAAGUGCAAUAAAAUUGAAUAUAAAGAAAAGGCAUAAAGGAAACAAAAAAAUAAUUGAAUAAACAAAUUAAAUUGAAAAUCAACAAAAGUGAAAAGAGUGUGUACCUGCAACACGUGCCACAGCUCCCACACAGGCUGGGCAUGGCCCACUGCCCACUGGUGAGCAUCCGUUGGAGCAGCCGCAACAGCAGCAGCAGUCGUGGCAGAGUGUUGUGGUUCAUGCAACAAUUCAAUUAGAGCUUUUUGUGCGGAAGCCAGAGAGAAGAGAGAAUUUAGUGUCGGUUCUUGUUGUUGCUGGCGGCGCUGCUGCUCUCUUCCCCGACCCGCGUCCGUCUUUGUGUAUGUGCAUGUGUAUCUGUGUGAGAGCGCCGCCAGCAGGCAUUUAAUGUGACAGACGAACUCCAUGUCCAAAGCGACGACAAAAGAAAAUGCAGUUUAAGUGAAUUUCCUGCGUGGACGACAGGCCAAUUACGGAAGCGGGAUCGUGUGCCGCUAAUACCCCUCCCCCAAAUCCGAGCUCCGAGCCACAACACAGAGAGAGAAAGCCAGUCUUAGCGAUGGCCUCUACACCGACACAAGCAGCACCAACAGUCGCAGUCGCAGCAGCAGCAGUCUCCACGCCACAAAACUACAAAGUGCCAUCGACCAGCAAGAUAUCCGUGGAUAAGCUCCUGCGCGUCGGUUACUACGAACUGGAGAAGACCAUCGGAAAGGGAAACUUUGCUGUGGUAAAGUUGGCCACCAACAUUGUGACCAAAACCAAGGUGGCCAUAAAGAUCAUCGACAAGACAUGCCUCAACGAAGAGUAUCUGAGCAAGACGUUCCGGGAGAUCUCCAUACUAAAAUCACUGCGGCAUCCGCACAUCACGCGUCUGUACGAGGUGAUGGAGUCGCAGUCGAUGAUCUACCUGGUGACUGAGUAUGCGCCCAAUGGGGAGAUCUUUGACCAUCUUGUGGCCAAUGGACGGAUGAAGGAGCCGGAGGCGGCACGCGUCUUCACGCAGCUCAUUUCGGCGGUCAACUAUUGCCACCUACGUGGGGUGGUGCAUCGCGAUCUCAAGGCCGAGAAUGUUCUGCUCGACAAGGACAUGAACAUCAAGCUCGCUGACUUUGGCUUCAGUAAUCACUACGAGGAGGGUGCCACACUGCGAACCUGGUGCGGAUCCCCGCCCUAUGCCGCCCCCGAGGUAUUCCAAGGCCUCGAGUACGACGGACCCAAGUCGGACAUCUGGAGCCUGGGCGUUGUCCUGUACGCCCUAGUCUGCGGUGCCCUGCCCUUCGAUGGGAAGACCAUACUGGAGCUUAAGAGUCGGGUGGUGCUGGGAAAGUUCCGCAUACCCUUCUUCAUGUCACAGGAAUGCGAGCACCUCAUCCGCAAUAUGCUGGUGGUGGAACCGGAUCGUCGCUACACCAUCAGGCAGAUCAUCAAGCAUCGGUGGCUCAGCGAGUGGCAGUCCGAACUGCAUGAGGAGGAGGGCACAGCGCUUCCCUUUGCCGGAGGCUCCAUGUCCAACUCCGCAUCGAGCUCUUCGCUGAGCAGCGUGGUCGACUCCUCGCCGCCGCAGCUGGACUCGGUGGUGAUGACGCACAUGCUGCAGCUGCCCGGCCUGACCGCGGAUAUGAUCGCCCAGUCGGUGCACGAGCAGCGCUUCGACAACAUCUAUGCCAUAUACAAUCUGCUGCUGGACAGGCUGCAGCAGAAGCGACGCGAAAACCAAAGACUGCAGCACCACGCCAGCCUCGCCUACUCGAGGUCCCGCAAGACGAGCAUCACGACGGGCGUGGUGGACCGGUCGGUGGAGCCCAUUAAGCAGGAAUCCCUCGAACGCCUCAGUCCGCUGAGCAGUGCGAAUGCCUCCUCCAGCUCGGCCCUGGGCUUUGGCUGGACCGACGUAGCCGUUGAUCUGGAGAAGUUCGGCGACUUUGAACUCGAAUGCCUGGCACGACCCAAUGAGCCUCCUGUAAACCAACAUCAUUUGUGUGCCAACACAGUCGUAAACGGGGCGAACACACGACGCCACACCGUGGGACCAGGGGAUGUGGCCCACGAGCAGGCCCUGGCUAAUCCGCACGUGCAGCCCAUCGACUUUAAGUGCCCUCCGCAAUGCAACGAUCCCGCUCAGGCCGUGCCCUACUAUCCCAUGAAUCUGCCCAUGCUGCAGAACCAGCCGCUGCACAACCUCACCAUCAAGGAUCAGCAUCUGCUGAAGCCACCUGUCGUUAUGGGUGCCAGUUCCUUUGGACGUCGCGCUUCGGAUGGCGGUGCCAAUCUGCACAUAUAUUACCCUGCCAGUGGCACUGUCGGAGGUCCAGCACAGGGCCAGCAAAUGGACACGGCCGGAUACUACAUUAAUCCAAAUUGUGGCCCAGAUCCCGGUAUACCACAGGAGCUGUCACCGCUCAGCGAGCAAGCAACGGUUCAGAUGCAUUGCUGCCCAGAGAACGCCACGAAUGACUGCAACGAGGAGCUCCAAAGCUACAUGCAGAAGCGUGGCGGUGUCAAGCGUCAUACCGUGGGCUGCACUGAUGAUCUCUCUGUGACGCAUGGCCCCGGCACGGGCCAAGGCUCCUCCCAGGCACCAGCAUCCUCCACGAACAUGCGACAACGACGAACGGGUCUGCUCACGGUCACCGAGCGACCGCCAGUGAUUCAUCCCGAGCUAAUACGCGAGGUCGAGUCUCGCAUGAAUCGCGACUAUCUGCCGCCCACACUCAAAUCUCUCAGUCAAUCCCCGCCGAGCGGCAACUAUGGAGUUGGCCUGGCCAUGGCCAAGGGCGUCUCCCCGCCGCAUUCCCUGCCACUGGUGGCAUCCGCAGGCGGCUCGGUGCCCUUGGUUGCGGCCAACAAUCGUCGCAUCCAUCGCGUUGUCCACUCGAAGCUGCCCACCGUGCAGGAGGGUGCGACAAUAGGACGCUACAGUCCGGUGCGUCGGGCCUCGGAGGGAUCGAAGAGCCAGUUCCAAGGGCCGCUCCAGGAAUGCCAAUCCCUGCAGAAAGGUAUUGCACAGAGAAACUUUUUGGUUGCACCCAGUCCGCCGCUUUUAGAAAAUUCGAUCAGUCUGCCAGGUUCACCCAUACAUGGGAAGCCAGGAAUGGGCCUGCAACUGGCUUUGAGGCGUGGCCAUGACAUUGCCAUUCCGCCGGAUGCGAUCAAGGGACUGCUGCCGGCACUGGAUCGACUGGUCAAGGAGCAGCGUGUGAGCUACGAAAUCGCCAACAAGAUAAUCUCAACGCAUGUGGUGCCCCUCGAUCUGGCGCCCCUGCUGGGCCUCUCGGCGCAUGCCCAUGCCAGUGCGGCGGCUGUCAGUGGCGGUCAUCUGGACCAGAGCCAUCUACUGCACCACCAGCAGCUGCAGCAGCAGCAGUUCCAGCCGAUGCACAGCUUCAGCGUAUCCCCGAUUAGCAUGCCCCACGCCGCAGUAGUGAAUGCCUCGCUGACCUCCGCCAAACAGAUGUUCGGCCAGCCGAUGGGCGGCUAUCCACAGUAUCCGCCGGCCCUGACCCUGCCCCUGCAGCCACAGCACCAGCUCGUGGGACAGUUCAGCAGCAUCAACCUGGGGGCCAGCAAUUCCAACUCGAGCAGCGGCUGCCAGUCGCCCGUGUACAGCAACAGCAGCUUCAGCGGCAGCUGCUCACCCAAUCCCUACCUGCCGUGUGUGCCCGCAGUGCUGUCGCCUGUGUGCAGUGCCGGGGGACCCUCUUCGCCAAUGCAUCAGAUCACCAAGGGCAUCUCGGUGCUGACCACAGGCAGCGGCAUUGGCGGCAGUGGCGGUGGCUCCAUUACACGUGGCACAUCGGCAGCAAGCGAAGGAGCGGCUGCUGCUGCGGCUGCCAAUCAGCCGCUGGAUCUGUCCAUGGAUGUCUGUGGCGGAGUCCAGGUCGAGCAGCCGUCGGACUAUGCCACGCCCAACUGGUUUAUACCCACGGCCCUGUACUACGACCUGAAACCAUUGAAUUUGUCGCCGGCACAGCCUGUGCGUGUCGUGCCCACGCCCCCUGCCUCGCCAAAUCUGUGCAUCAUCCAGGAGGAGAACGGCAACGGUCAGAUGUGUCACACAAUCACAACGGGCAUGCCCUAUGCCGGCUGCACUGGCGGUAUCACGCCACAGAUUUGCCUAACCGAUGUCCAAGGCAGCGAAAUAACACUGGUGGCCCUCUCAUCGGACAACAGUCGUGACAGCGAGGACUCUUUGGAGCCACAUACGCCCGUCAUGUCACUGCAGGGCUUGAUAAUUACUGAACCCAGCAGCGAUAUGCCCUCCAUCACGCGUGGAAUCGGACGCAAGGCGAGCCUGGACUGCGAACCCAGCAGCAACCAUGUGACGGCCACCAGUUCGUCCGCCCAUGCCGAGGCACAGUGUCGGCGGGGGAGCGACAAGUCGCUGGGGUUUUCGGAUGAUUCCCUCAGCAACGACUCGAAUAACUUGUCGCCCUGCCAGGAGCCGUCGGCCAGCUCGGGCUUCAAGUCCGACUCACAUUCCGAGAUGGGGGACCACACGGAGUGCGGCCACCUCACGCCGGACUCGAUGUGCGAUUCGCGCCGGAUGUCGGAUGAGAUGUGCUACGAGGUGCCGCUGCCGCACGAGUGCUCCAACCUCGACUCCACCCGCAUCCUGGAGAUGGUGAAGCAAACGAUUGACUCGACCAUGCCGCCCAAGGGAUUUGUGCUGCACAAGGGCAGCAUCAGUUCGGAGGACAGCGGGGCCGAGUCGCGGCACAGCAGCGCCUCGAAUGCCUCCAGCUCGAAUCCGGCCUGCGAGCCAUCAGGACAUCCGCUGGCCUCCGCUUCCGGCUACAGCGAGCCCACCACCAAUCUCAGCCUGGAGUAUUCCGGCGGCCUGCAGAUCGAGCUGCAGGUGUGCGAGGGACGUAGCCGGGACCACCACGGAGCCGGCAAGGGCAUCAAGCUGCGUCGCAUCUCGGGCGAUCAAUUCGAGUACGGCAAGAUUUGCCAGCAGCUGAUUAGUACGAUCACCAUGCAGCAGGUGGCCGGAUGAAUACACCCUUCCCCGCCCGGCCUAUCCCCCUCCCUCCUAGCUACCUACUAAAUGACUACUCGCCUUGCCUAAACUCUGCGUAGCUGUGAUUAAAGCCGAUAUGUACGAUAUAGAUUCUAUAUCCAUGAAUAUCUGUAUGUGUGCAUGUGUAUCCUAGUGUGUGUGCGCGCAUGUGUGUGUGUGUGAAGGUCCUUAGCAGUCCAGAGGAGUAGAUUUCUAUUCUGUAAAUAACGUCUCUAGCUAUGUACAUUAUCAAAUUCAGAAAUUUAGAAUCCAUUUUGAAAUCUUCUAGCCGUAGUAGCAUAAUCAAAAUUAACAAAAUUAAUUAAUAUCAAAUGUAGAAACUCUAUUUAAUCCGAUUCUUAGAUGGAAGAUAAAAUGAUCAGCCCUUCCACACAUAUAACAUUAUAGGAACUUAUGCACAUAUUUUAGAACGAAAGUGUAUUUCAAGUAUAGAGGAAUGGCGAGAAGUUCUUCAGUAACCGACCGACGGACCGACAACAAGAGCAAGUAAAAUGCAUUCCAGUAGCAACAAUUUUCAUACAAAGGCAACAAACAAAUGUUCGUACUAGCUAUAAAUAUAAUGAUAUAGUAGAUACUUAGAUUCUUAGAUAAGAUAUGCAUAGUUAAUGCGUAUUGUAUAUCAAUUAAUUUUAUGUUCAAUUCUUGUGCAAUUCGUAAGCGUGAAAAGCGUUUAGUUCAACAAAGAUACGUACGUGUACAUCUUUAUCCAUAUAUGUACAAUAUAUAUGUAUGUACAUAUGGUUACUUUUACAAAUGUGUAGUUAGUUCUGUCCUCUAAAUGUUAUGCAUUCUAAGCGUUAAGCUCUCGAUUCCGUUACAUUUUACAUACAAAUUGUUCUUAUCAUUUCUGUAGUGAGAAAUUCAAGUUUGUUCGCUUCUUUUUAACUACGAUCCUACAACUAGGGAGAGAGUUUUGUCAUUACAUUUACAUAUAUUGAUUAGACAACCCCGACACAUUGAGAAAUCUAUUCUUUAAUGAAAGACUGCUGUGAUUUUAAAUAUAAUUAAUUAAUUUAAACCGAAGGAGAAGCGAGUAGAAGAAAACGGAAACAAAAAUACAAAAUAAACACGAAAUCAUGUAGUUAUAUACUAUUAUCAAAUUACAUAAAUAGUUCAACUUUAUCUUAAAUAAAUUACCAAUUCUUCGA